CGUUUCCCGUCUCUGGGCAUGCGCAGAUCGGGGAGCGGGACGGAGUGUUUUCAGCUGCUCCAUUGUGAUCUGGGAGCCCGGGCGGAGCAGCGGGGUCUGUGCAGGGGAGACACGUUAACCCUCCCGUGCCCGGCCCGGGCCCUGCUCCCGCUUGAGCCGCCUGGGGCCGCCCCAGGCUUCGCCUGCCCCGCUGCGGAGCUGCAGCCUCCAGGCUACAGAAUAACAUCCAUAUUUCGCUUCAGAUCAACCCAUCCUCCCACGGGGAAGGAAAUGUCUGCAAUGGAGCUGGCUCAGGGGCCGGUGACCUUUGAGGAGGUGGCUGUGUAUUUCACCAGGGAAGAGGGGGCUCUGCUGGACCCCACUCAGAGAGCCCUCUACAGAGACGUUAUGCAGGAGAACUAUGAGAACGUGACCUCACUGGGGUUUCCAGUUUCCAAACCCUAUGUGAUCUCCCAGCUGGAAGGAGGGGAAGAGCCAUGGGUCCUGGAUCUCCCUGGUUCAGAGGAAAGUGAGAUCCUGAGAAGUCCCUGCACAGCAGAUGAUGGGGUGGUGAGGGAGAGUGAGGAGCAGAAUCCUCACCAGGAAGAUGCUGAGCUAGCCGAAGCGCAUGGGGAAUUACUGCAAAGAUCCAAAGGGAAUGUGUCCAGGUGCCACGAGCUGGGAAAAGCUGAUGAAAGUUACCCCAGACCAAAGAGAGAGCAGGGAAACCACUCAGAGGAGAAAGUGGAUGAACCCAUUAAUUGUCAGGGAACUCACAAGGACCUCAAGGAAACUACAUCUCAGGAGAAAAUCCUCACGGAAAUGAGAGAGUAUACAUGCAGUGAGUGUGGGAAGAACUUCAAUUGCCGCUCAGCCCUUAUUCGACAUGAAAUAAUCCACACGAAAGAGAGACCCUAUGAAUGCAGUGAGUGUGGGAAAAACUUCAAUCAUAUCUCAAACCUUACUAAGCAUCUGAGGAUCCACACAGGAGAGCAACCCUAUGAAUGCUGUGAUGCAAUGGAUUGUGAGAAAGAGGAGCAGAAUUCUCGGCAGGAAAAUGUUGAGCAAGUGGAUAAAUACAGAGUACUAUUGCAAAGACCAAAAAGGAAUGUGUCCAGGAGUCAUGAUUAAGGACAAUCCUGUGAGAUUCAGCACAAAUCAGAAAGAGCAGGGAAACCAUCCAGGGGAGAAAGUGGGUAACUUAAUUUCAUGUGAAGGAACUCAG